UCGACGUUAUGCGGUUACCUCCGCAUUCAGAACCUCACACAAGACUAUCCAGUGAUGACUACGUAUUUUGACGCAGAGAUCAUUGGACAUCGAUUCGGGUUUCUCACCUCAAACGAUUGGGGUGCCACGGAGCAGGACGACCUCAAACAUUGGGGGAAAUUCCCUGCGUUUCGGAUGCUCAAAAAUGAACUCAAACGACCUGGUCUAACUAUCUCUGAGCAAGAGAGACCUGUGACAUUCAUGCGAUGGAAGGAAAGGUUCCUCGUGCCUGAUCACAAAACCAAAGAAAUCAAUGGCGCAAGUUUUGCAGGUUUCUAUUAUGUCGCCAUUAAAGAAUCGAGUGGAGGCGAUCCAGCCACCAUGACCGGUUUCUAUUUCCAUCCUUACUCCGAACCAUACCAGCAAUUAUCCCUCACCCAUAUACCCGAACGCACUUCAUCUUCUUUUGAAUUCUGCUAG